UCUGCAAGGUACAAGCAAUCACGAAGCACCAGAGGAGUCAGAGGAGGAGAAUAUCUGGGCUGUCGGCACAGCGGCAAACACCGACAGCCCCGCGGAAACGGGCCAAGGAGGAACCCAGCACGCAACCCGCGACGCCGAGCGGCAGGAUGAGCUGCAGCAGUGUCGCAAGUUCCGAGUUCUCUGAGGAGGAGCUGGACCUGGGUGUGCCGGGCCAGGGUGAGGACGGGAGGAGCCCAAAGCUGUCCUUCCAAGACAGCGAGAGCUGCACCAGCAGCCCGAGCGACCCGGAGGAAAGCCACGGCAAGAAACGAAGCCGACCCGUGCGCUCGAAGGCCCGACGCAUGGCCGCCAACGUCCGGGAGCGCAAGCGCAUCAUGGACUACAACCAGGCCUUCAACGCCCUGCGCGUGGCCCUGAACCACGACCUCAGCGGCAAGCGCCUCUCCAAGAUCGCCACGCUCCAGAGGGCCAUCAACCGCAUCUCUGCUCUGUCAGUGUUCCUCAGCUCCAACCCCGCCGGCAACGCCUGCAGCCACCGCGAGUGCAGCAGGGCUCCCGUGGGGCCGGGGGCGCCGGGAGCCAGGCUGGAGCAGAGCAAGGUGACGGUUCCACGCCUGGAGCACCAGAGCUACGUCCUGUGGCACGCGUCCCUCUCUCAUCAGAUGCAGCCGCAGCAAGGGCCUUUCGUGCACAGCAGGUCCACAGAACCUCACGUCUACAUGGAGACCUCCAUGCCCUCAUGCCCACCGUCACCACACUACCCCUGUUACCCAAGCGAGGGCCAGGUCUACUUGUCGCACGGACACUGCAGCAGCCCCCUGCGGUACCCGCAGGUGGGAGAGGGCUUCGAGUACCAGCCGGGAAUGUGGGCCUCCUGCACUCAGGGACAAAUGGACACUUUGGCCGAGUCGCCUCUGGCUCUGGGGCUCCCCUGGCAGGUGAGCUACCUGCAGGAGCCUGAGCACAGCCUCAGCCUGUGCUCUGAUAUGCAGUGAUAGGCCGCUGCUUGUGGACUGUUGGUGCUCCUCUGCUCAGUAUUGCAACAUUAUGUCUAAAGGUUACUUUAGAAAACUGCAAAUAAUAGAACAUGUACAGUAUUUUAUUCUUAGUGCUAUCAUUGUCUUGUGUUUUGCAAGUGCUGAGUCAUUGGUCUCUGUCUUGUUCAUACAGUUUUAAUGUGAACUUAGAUUUUAACAUUUGUAUUUAUUCCUUUCCAUGUCUGUUUCUAAACGUUUUGGAAUUUUUCAAAUUAAAUGUUAAACUAAUGUCA